CGCGGGGUUAGGACCACCGGGCUUCCCCAGUCGCGUUCCAGCGUGCUCCGUGGUCUCCGGUCCGGUCGCGCGGCGCCUGCCUCCGCCGUUGCCCUGCUCCGCUUGCUUUUCUGUGGUUGUUUUAAUCAGUGCGUGAGCCCCAGCCCAGCUUCUCAGCGCGAAUUGCCAUGCUUUGCUCGGCUCAUACCGGGAGUUUGAAUCUUGUCGGCUGCUCCUCCUCUCCCGCAAUUAUCAACAUUGACUUUCCCUUUCCCCAUCACGUGAGUGUCGAGAUUUGGAGGUAGAAUUUGAAUUCCAGCUCUUCCUCUUCGCGCCCAGCUUCACUGGACACAGUCACAUGUUGUGAAUUCUAUGGCAUGGCGUUCAUCACCCUGCGGAGGGCCUUUUGUCAUAAGUCCAUUCUUUGGAUACCUGGAGCUGUGGUUGCUCUGAAAAUUCACCCUGCCAGUCAUGCCCAAAAGGCAGUCACAGAUCGCCUCAGUGUGUGCUUCUGCUCCCUACAACCUGAGCUGUUCAGGGUCAGAUUCCAUCACGCGUACUGUAAAAACUUCCACUCAGAAAAGGGUAAUGACCUUCAUCCCGUGGGUGAGCCAUGGUCCCCUCAGGGGCAGGAAUGGAACCAGCCGGGACAGAGUCUUCAAAACGAGGAUGAAGAGAUGCUUUUCAGGAGACUAAGCUACUUCACUUCCUUUGAGGAAGUGCUGAGUUUCAUAAGUGCCCUGGACACCCUGCCUGUCCCUCUGGCAAUGGCAGCUCUACUCAGGAUCUGUGAGAUAGGGAGGAGAGAUGGCCAGCAGAGGCUGCCAGAAGGAGUGCUGGAGAACUGCGCCUUCCAGGCUCUGUGCCUCCGGUGUGAGCGAGACCCCUCACACCUGACCAAUGCUGGUUUGGUGACAGCUUUGCAAUUUCUGCAUACGUUGUUGCCUGCAGAUCCUCAAAGUAGCCUGAUGCUGAGCCUGGUGGCAGAAUGCCAACGUCGUCUCCAAAGAGGCAACCUGGAAGUCCACCAUCUUUGUGUCCUUGGGGAAAGUCUGGCCAUGCUUCAAGGUUCAAGUUGUGAGACCCUGAAGCUGGUUGUACGUCAACUUCAAAGUAAAAGUGUGGAAACGUUUGCUCCAGAGGAGAUCGCGUCCGUUUAUAGGAUUCUGCAGGCGUGUCCUGAAGAAGUAGACAAGCACCAGACGUUCUUAAACACAUUAAACAACUUCUCCAUUUCAGUAGUUCCCUACCUGAGCCCUAAAUCCAUUAGCCAUGUCCUCACCGCCUUAGUGGUCCUGGACCAGACUCACGCACUCCCACUGCUUAUAAAGCUGGGCAAGUACGUUGUGAGAUACAUCCCCCGUUUUACAAACGAAGAGCUCAGAAAGGUCUUGGAGGCGUUUGUCUAUUUCGGACACAGUGACAGGUUCUUCACAGAGGCCUUAGAGCAACACGUGGCCGCCCUGUGCUUCUCCCUGGACCCCGCUGUGGCCAGCUCUGUGAUGGGGUACUGCAGCAGGAAGCGGAUUCUCUCCAAGCCCAUCUUCGACGUAGUCUCAGAGAUCGUUGUUUGCCAGUGGGACAGACUUUCACCUAGUCAGAUUGCCGAGCUAAUUGAGCCAUUUGGAAAGCUCAAUUAUGUGCCACCAAACGCCCCUGCCCUGUUUAGGAAGGUAGAAAAUGUGCUCUAUGCCCGUUUACAUCACUUCCCACCAAAGAUGCUACUGAGGCUCCUUCAUUCAUGCACGCUGAUUGAGCGACAUCCCAUCAACUUCAUGUCAAAACUAUUCAGCCCCUUUUUCCUUCAGCGGCUGCAAGGUAAAGAGUCAUAUUUGGACAGAUUGAGCCUGGCACAGCUGACCCAACUUUUCCUAACCUCCGUCCUAGAGUGUCCGUACUAUAAGGGCCCCAAACUUCUUCCUAAAUAUCAAGUGAAGUCAUUCCUCACUCCAUGCUGCUCCCUAGAGACGCCCAUGGAUCUCCAUCUGUAUAAGUCUGUGGUGAUUGGACUUAUUGAUCUUUUAGGAUCAAGACUGUAUUUUGCUUCAAAGGUGUUGACGCCCUAUUACUACACCAUAGAUGUUGAAGUUAAAUUAGAUGAAGAUGGAUUUGUAUUGCCGUGUACAGUGGAUGAGGAUAUCCACAAAAGGGUGGCGCUGUGUAUUGAUGGGCCACAGCGAUUUUGCUUGGACAGUAAACACUUACUUGGAAAAGAGGCCACUAAGCAGAGACACCUGCGGUUACUUGGUUACCAGGUUGUUCAGCUUCCCUAUCAUGAGCUGGAGCUGCUUACAUCGAGACUUGAAUUGGUGGACUAUUUACAAAGGAAACUGUUUUCUCAAAGCUCCGCUGUCCUCUGGUAAUAGAGGAAACUGACUUCAGGAUUCUCAGUGAAAAAGAUGAUAUUUGUAAGAGACAGUUUAAUCUGUGAAUUAGCCACUCUAUGGAAAUUAUGUUUACAGACUUGGGAUCUGAAAAGGGUCUGCGGUUUUUCUUAUACCAUGUAUAUGUGUAUUGGUGGUAAAUUUGGAAUUAAUUUAAUGCUAGUAUCUUAGAUGCCUUCACCGCAUCGAGCAGGAUUAUUCAAAUGCAAUAAAGCAAUGUAACAAGUAAAUGUUAAUUGCCCGUCUUAUUUUUAAGAGUUAUCUGCUAAUAAAAGUAUGCUUUUUA